GGCUAGAGGGCGGGGCCUGGGGCAAGAGCUUGGGGACCUGAGUGCUACCCUGUGUCACGUGAGAGUCCAAGAUGGCGGCUCCCAGGCGUGAGCUCCGGGAGUUUCAGUGAGCGGGCGCCCGUGGUCUCUGCGCGUGGAGACGUACGCGAGGGCUACAGGAUGGCAAAUCGUAUGUAUAUUCAGUCAGAUCCUUCCCCAGAAGAAAUAAAACUCAGAAGAUCAAGAACUGCUGAUAUUGUGGAAAAAAAUUUGUGGCGUCUCACCAGAAGAGAACAACUCACAUAUACCUAUGGAUCACUGUUUUUGGGAACAACUUCAGCUUUCUGUGGAUUAUUUGCAAACUACCUUUUCAGGCAUUGUAUGAAGGUUAAACAGCAUCCUUUUAAAACAUUUGUGCCAUUGUCUGCAAUUCCAUUUUUGACCACUGUAGUGACUUAUAAGUUUCUUGUAACAGAUCCCAUAAGUUCUGGUGAUUUAACCGUGGACAUGAGUAUUUUGAGAGGUGCUUUUGUUUCUGCAUUAUGUGGUAUCUUUCAUCCCUCUGCUUUGGCUUUUUUAAAAAAUGGGCGUCUGGCAGUCAAGUUUGAAACUGUUCCAUUACCUCCAAGAGGAAGGAGUCUAUCCCACUGGACUGUACUUUGUCAAUCAGCUGCAAAGCUAAUGGUUAUUCCUAUGAUCCUGCAGAUUAUGUAUGGAGCACAUCUUGCUUCCCUGCAACAUAAAACAUGUGCCAAAGUGCUUGAAUUGCUUGAACAGGACUGAUUUAAAAAUUAGCCUUGUAAUGUGUAUGAUUUGGUUUGGAGUAUUUCAUGAAGAGCUAAAUAUAAAUCAUAAGCAACAUAAUAUGUAAUAGAUGUGCAAAUAAAUUAUGUGAUGUCCCUGACUAAAAUGCAGACUCCAUUAAAGGACUAAAAAUGAUAAUAAUAAAAGCAACAAUACUAUAUCGCUCUUUAGUUUUACAAAAA